AUGCCUCCGAAGGCCCAGAAGAGGCUGAUGCACGCCAUCGCCGGCGUGACGGAGACCGAAGAUGAAGUCCACAUCGUCGCCUCCUCCACGUCCCUUGGUCAGCAGUCGGGAGACGCAGUGGAACCUGCCUCGCUUUCGGAACUGGAUCCCGACGAGUUGCGGUACUUCGAACUUGUUAAAACGGGGCAGAUCACUGACCUGACAACGUUCCUCUCAUCUCAUCCCAAGCUAAACAAGGACUGCCUCAACUGUCAAGGCUACACGUCGCUGCACGUCGCUGUGCGCCAGAAGGACUUGGCCAUGGUUAAAUUCUUGGUCCAGAACGGUGUUCGCCUCAAAGAUGCGCUGCUUCACGCCGUCGAGACGGGCGACGUACCGUUGACCGAGUUCCUUGUCACGGAACUGAGUAAGACCGACGCGCAGUGCGAGAAACGGGGGUACGCGUCCAGUGCCACGUACACCGCCGACGUGUCACCCAUUAUUUUGGCCGCGCAGAUGGGUCACUGGACGCUGAUCCACUUCUUCAUCAAACGAGGCAACGUGGUCGAAGCUCCUCACAGGGCUUCUUGCCUCUGCAAAACGUGCAUCAAAGCAAUGAGGAUAGAAGGAGUGAACGUGUCCACUCGCAACCUAAACACGUACAAGGCCAUCUGCAAUCCGCACUACAUGCUGCAGGUAUCGGGAGACCCUUUGCUCGAUUCCUUCCUCUACGUUCAGAGCAUGGCUGAGACGUCCUACGCUGAAGAAGAGUUUCGCAGGGCCUACGACGAGCAAAUUGCGAAGCUUCGAACCUUCACCUGCGGUCUGCUCGACCAGUGCCGCACUGUCGAGGAGACCCGCGUACUCCUCGAACGACAGGCGGGACUCGAAGGACGAGUGGCGCACCUUGCGUUUCCACGCGUCAUCCUGGCACUGCAGUACAAUGAGCGCGAGUUUGUCACGCAUUGCCACGUCCAGCAAGUACUUCGCCUCGAGUGGGAAGGAGAGUUCCAGGCCUGGAAUCGCCUGCCGUUCCAAGUCAAGCUCUUCCACUUCGUGGUCAGGUUCUUCACACUGCCCUUUAUAGCGGUGUGGAUCAAGCUGAAACCGGAAUCAACCACGGCUAAACACUGGUCCAGCCCCGUGAGCAAGUACAUGAACCACUUUGCGGCGAGUAUCCUUUUUGUCUUCUUCGUCUAUCUUCAAAUAUCACUCGACAAGUCGAGAACAUCCAGGGGGGCUCCUGGCACUGGCGUCGAGUGGCUUAUCGUCAUCUGGGUAAUGGGCUACGUCUUUGAAGAGAUCAUACACUGUUAUUCCAUCGGCGCGUCGCGCUACUUCAGGAACCUGUGGCACUGGUACGAUAUAACCAUGCUCAGCGUAUUUAUCCUCACAUUCAUCUUUUGGAUAGUCGCGUGGGCCGAGAUGCUGGGAGACCCCAGCGAAGGUACCGUUCCGACUCGCAAGGACUGGCCUAGCACGGACAGCACGCUGAUACACGAGGCCCUGUUCGCGGUGUCCUCGGUGCUGAGUGUGUUCAAGCUGAUGUUCUACUUCCAAGAGAGCGCCAAGCUGGGACCGCUCCAAGUCUCCAUUACGUCCAUGAUGGUCGAGAUCGUGCGGUUCCUUUUCAUCUGCGUCUGCAUCAUGUUGGCGUUCGCGUUCGGGUUGACGCGUAUGUACGAGCCUUACCACGGGAUGAAGAGGAAGGAGCCGGACGGCGACGAAGUCAAGCAGAACCCGGCCUUCACGACGUUCUUGAAUUCCAUGAAGACCUUGUUCCAUCGAAUGCUGGGCGUCGCGUCCGAAGAUCAGGCCGACGUGGUGGUGGCCAACGCCGACGACGGGUCCAUCAAUGAGCACAAGUUCACAGAAUUUGUGGGCUCCACGAUGUACUCCCUCUACCAGGUGCUGAUGCUCGUCGCCAUGCUGAACUCACUCAUCGCCAUCGUGACGGGAACCUUCCAGAAGAUAAUCGACAACGCCGAGGUCCACUGGAAGUUCUACAGGACGCGGCUCUGGAUGCACUACAUCAACGAGGCGCUCGUCGUUCCGAGCCCUUUUCUGAUCUUUCAGAUACCGCUUCUGAUAGUGGACGUUGUGAAAAAGAAGAACUUCUGGCCGCCAAGACCCCAACCGACGGUCUCGUACUCGGACGUUAUCAACAAAGUGGUACAGCGGUACCUUUGCCACGAGCGCGUCAUACUGUAUGACUGA